UUUUCUGUUGGCGACUUGGCCAGAGAGAUUGAGCAGGUUUUUCGGCCUCAGUUGACUUGGAACAUUGCUCAGUCUUGUGUCUCCAUUCGGCAGGAGGAGUUUUUGUCCACGGAAAAAAAGUCCUCUAACAUCAAGAAAGUGACCACAAGAAGUAACAGAAACUGUUUAAGAGUUUUUUUCGGUGAAGUUUUUGCUUUUUUCUGGACUAAAAGUGAAAAAUUUUCUCUCGAAAUUGGCGAUAAAAUCGAUUUUUUUUUGAAAUUGAAAACGAAAGAAGAUUGAAAAAUGUAAUAAAUUGUGCUUGAUGGAAGAUGGUAGAAAAUAUUUAAAAUAUUUUAAAUAUUGUGACACAUCCGGAGGCACUUUUUUUCUUCCUCCCACCUCAUAUGCGUUCGUGUCUUUAAUUAAUUUGCCCAUUUCCUACCUGAAACGUGACAAUCGCUAUUUGGACGAGUGGGAUAUUAAUAAAGUGAUGUCCAAUUAUUGCUAAAUAAUUUUUCUCUUUGAAGAGACUUGAUGGGGAAAUCGGAAGAAAUUUGUGUGAAAAAUCGCAGGAGAAAAUGCAAAAGAUCUGCAGGACCUUAGUGGAAAAAUAGGGAAAACUCUUGUUAAAUUGUACUGGAUUAUUUUCUUCUAUUUAUAAUAAUUUCUGUUGCUGCCGAUAGAAACCAUCAACUGCUGGCUGUUGAAGAAUAUACUUUUCUUGCAACAAUGCCAUCAACGUGGAAGAUCACCAUCAAUAUUCGAUAUUCGGUUUUUUUGGCUAUCGGAUGCCACAUCAUGUCCACAGUGGCAACAAUUGGGCCAUGCGACAAACUAUCGUGGUGGAAUUCAGCUGAAGAUCGCUGCAUCAAAUGUACACAGUGUCUAGAGGCUACUUUGAGAACAUGUCAACCACACACAGAUACCAUUUGUGGGACCUUUCAGGAUCUAGGAUUGGAUUCUCAUGUCCUGUCCAGGAUAGAUCGACGCAAUGAGGGAUCACAAGAGACCCCUCCAGGUCUUCCAGGUGAUGGGAUGGAGGAGUGGAAUUGGCAGGCAACAUUUCUUGCCAUGGCUGCUGUUGCUUGCCUCCUCUUCUUCUUUGCAGCUGCAAUAAUCACUCUCCAACAUGCCCGACAGUGGCGAAUGGAGAGGAAAUUCGAUGCCGACAUGGAAGAGAUGUCAGCACGACUAAUGGCCAAGUUGGCACAAGUACAAAGUCUCGAGAACAGAACGAUCUUCAUUGAAGAACCAAGUCUCGAACGCUCAGGAAAACCCCUCGAAGUUCACUGCGUCUAUCUUGAGCAACUUCUUGCUGGGAAAAACUUCAAGAAGUAUCCCGGGAAGGGAAAUGUCUACAUAGAGGAAAACACAUCAAAAUAGAGGAGUUAUUUAACGGUCUCUCAGACAGAGUGAGAGACACAAAAUAAGUUUUUCUUUUGUACAUUCUUGUAAAUAUUUUUACACACUACAUAAAAUAAAUGAGAGAAAAAAAAUGUA